AGACAUUACGCCGCGUCCAAAUCCCGCGUGGAUAUUGGUCGGUUCCUCAUAGAGCGCGGCGCCGAUGCAUGUUGGCUUCCUCUCCUCUCGCUCGUUAAUGCGCGCGAUCGCUCCAAUCAACUACCUCUUCACAGAGCAGCAACAACGGGAUCUACUGGAAUGAUACGCCUCCUCCUUCACCCUCCGCAAGAAGCAGCGCCCCAAAAGCCGCGUUUGAACACUGCGGAUCGGAUCGGGAACACGCCGCUGCAUCUUGCCAUGGAAUCUGCGCAUGCCGAAGCGGCUGUCCUUCUCAUCGAGGCGGGUGCCGAUCGUACCAGGGAAAACCUCGACUCGUUGACUCCCGAGCAAGUGGAUGGCGUUGGGGGAGAGGAACAGAAGCGAGCUCGUGCGUAUGUCAUCGAGCGCUGCGGUAAUCCCUGA